CAACGACAUCUCUCAUCUCUUCAACUAUCUACUUUUUGAAAUUUGAAAUUUACCUGAGUAUCUUGUCGCGAAUUGAAGAAUUGAUACGAUAUAUUCCUUUUUUCAAAUUAUUAGGAUUGAAUCGCAAGGGCCUUUUAAGAGGAAAGGAGGAUUUUGAUCGAUAUUUGCGUAUUUCUUUCUUCGUAAUUAAGUUGCAAGCAAGCAAGCUUUUGGAGAUUUGAAAAAAAAAAAACAUAAAAAAAUUCCAAAUAUGGCGGAUAAUAAGGUUGAAGAGGGUGAUAAAGGUAUGUUGACCUAGAUGUUAAACUUCAUCUUUUUGCUUCCUGUUUAUUUGUCAUAUCUACUGAGGAUGAGAAUUGGGGAUCGAUGGAUGAAUGUGUAUUGCUUUCACAUACCUCACUGUCGCAUGUCGCAUGUCGCAUCUCCAUUUCCAUUUUCGCAACCUCUUGCGCAUAACGCGCGUGGAGUUUUCUUCAUCCAAACUCCACCUCUUUCUCUUUCUAUCUCCUUGCGCAUAAUCUAGAAACUAUAAUGGCGAUAUUCAAUUUCAAUCUCAAUCAUUAAUAUCUCAAUAUCUCACUACUACAAACAAAACUAAUACAUUCACUGCGCAUAGUUUCCUGGAAUUGGCGCGGCGCAAAUCCAGAGGGGACGGUGGGAGAAGUAAAGGCUGGUGAGGUUACGGUUACGAGCCAGCGCGGAAAUGAAAUUAAGAAGACCGGGGAUGAGACGGAUCCCGCGGUGCAUAUUGAGGAGUGGAAAUGAGGUGGUGGAAAGUGAGAAAGGGUGAAGGAGGAGUGGAAGAAGGAGAAAGAAAGGAAGGAGGAGAGGAGAAGGAGAGAGGGGAAGGAAGAGGAAGAAUAAUGGAAAGAGAAUAAUAAAGGAGAAAGGUGAAAUAACGGUGAAUCAAGGUCGAGGUGAAGGUUGAGGCCAAUGUUCAAGAUGAAAACUGGAGGAAGAAGACAAAGAGGAGGAUGUUGAGAUGAAGGACAUUGAGGAUCAGACCGAGAGAAGAAACCUGAGGAAAAGGAUGGUAAGGAGGAUGAGAAGAAAGAGCAAUAAAGAAGAUCAAUCGAGAUCAAACCCAAAACGGAAAUAAGCGCAAAGCAGACGAGUUGGAAGACGAGGAAGAGAAAGCAGAGGUGAAUGAUAAAGAGACAAAAACCGAUGCUACAUCUAACGGCACUGCCAACGAUACUAUCCCAAAGAAGAAGCCUGGUAGACCAAAGGGUGCUUCUGCAUCCAAUGGCACACCAGCAAAGAGAGAAAAGAAAGUUCCUGCUGUUGGUAGAGCGCAACGACAGACGAGAAGUCAAGCGCGCAAGGAAUCUGUUUAGGUCGUACAAGGGGAGUGAUAUUAUCUCCACCUAAAGACUUGGGAGACUUUUCAAUUGUCGAUAGCAUUACAGACAUUGGAUACCUCCGGACGAGUGAAGGAUUUGAUUUUGAGGGCAAGGCCAUAUGAUUUGGUAUUUGGAUGCUUUUUUCGGAUAAUCAACCAAACGUUUGGACUCUACGGAGAGACAUAGUGGUAGGGUUGGGUGGUUAUUUGCAUUUUAUUAUCGCCUUGUACAUAGGUGGUGCUAUUUCGGAACGAAAAGUAGCAGUUUACAGGCUUAUUGAUCAGGCUUCAGAGGAGAUUAUGUGAAUGGGAAUGAAUCGGCGGAGCAAUGAAUGGGAAACGAAAGGAAAUGCGAAAAUGAAUGAUAUCAAAUGUUAUUUGUCUUCAUCU